AUAAAUAAAUAAUAAUGUGGAGGAGUCGUCACUGUCUGUAACCAGUACGCCGAACCGCUCGGAAAAACCAAUCGCCGGCGAUCGAAAACGACGGCUCCCCCAACGACAUUCUCUCUUCUUCAAGCAAACUCUCUCUGUUAUUUAUUACGACAGUCUGCUAGAGAGAUAUAAGAUCACUCUUACUUAUCUCGACAUUCAUCGUCGUCUUCAAAGUUCAAAUCUCGAUCUCCGGUAAUUUCAAUUCCCCUGAGAUCCUCGACAAAUGGUGGAUCCGGGACCGAUUACGCCGGGUCAGGUAUCUUUUCUGCUAGGAGUGAUCCCAAUAUUUAUAGGUUGGAUAUACUCGGAGCUACUCGAGUACAGGAAGUCUUUCUUUCCCUUGAAACCUCACUCGGAUAAUAAUCUUGUUGAGUUGGGAGGCGUUGUAGACGAUGACAAAGCUGAUUUAUUGGAGGGGGGUCUUGCUCGAUCUGCAUCUGUAAGGUUUCAUAACUCAUCCAUCAGAACUAACAUUAUCAGGUUUUUGAGUAUGGAAGAUUCGUUUUUGCUGGAACACCGAGCAACUUUGAGAGCAAUGUCGGAGUUUGGUGCAAUCUUAAUAUAUUUCUAUAUCUGUGACCGCACUGAAUUGCUUGGAGAUUCAACCAAGAACUACAACCGUGACCUUUUCAUUUUUCUCUACGCUCUUCUCAUCAUAGUAUCAGCCAUGACAUCUCUCAGAAAGCACAAUGACAAGUCACCCAUCAGUGGGAAAUCCAUUCUUUACCUUAAUCGCCACCAGACCGAAGAGUGGAAAGGAUGGAUGCAGGUUUUGUUCUUAAUGUAUCACUACUUUGCCGCGGCUGAGAUAUACAACGCAAUCCGUAUCUUCAUUGCUGCUUAUGUCUGGAUGACUGGUUUUGGAAACUUCUCCUACUACUACAUCAGAAAGGAUUUCUCCGUUGCACGUUUUGCGCAGAUGAUGUGGAGGCUCAACUUCUUUGUAGCAUUUUGCUGUAUUGUUCUCAACAACGACUAUAUGUUGUAUUACAUCUGCCCAAUGCACACUCUCUUCACUCUGAUGGUGUACGGAGCUCUCGGUAUCUUCAGCAAGUACAAUGAAGUUGGAUCAGUGAUGGCCCUCAAGAUAUUUUCAUGCUUCCUCGUCGUCUUUCUCAUGUGGGAAAUCCCUGGAGCUUUUGAAAUAUUCUGGAGUCCAUUAACAUUCUUGCUAGGUUACAAUGACCCUGCAAAGCCUGAUCUUCAUCGGUUACAUGAAUGGCACUUCAGAUCAGGGCUUGACCGCUACAUAUGGAUCAUUGGGAUGAUUUAUGCGUAUUUUCAUCCAACUGUGGAGAGAUGGAUGGAGAAGUUAGAGGAGUGUGAAACGAAGAAAAGACUAUCAAUCAAGACCUCCAUAGUUACUAUUGCCUUGUUUGUUGGCUACGUGUGGUAUGAAUGCAUCUACAAGCUGGACAAGACCAGUUACAACAUGUAUCACCCAUACACAUCUUGGAUCCCCAUAACUGUUUACAUAUGCCUCAGGAAUUUCACACACCAGCUUCGGAGUGUCUCAUUGACUCUCUUCGCGUGGCUUGGCAAGAUCACUUUAGAGACUUACAUUUCCCAGUUUCAUAUAUGGCUAAGAUCAAACAUGCCUGAUGGGCAACCAAAGUGGCUUCUCUCUAUUAUUCCGGGAUACCCUAUGCUCAAUUUUAUGCUCACAACUGCUAUAUACGUCCUUGUAUCUCACCGUCUCUUUGAACUAACCAACACACUCAAGACGGUUUUUGUACCUACAAAAGACAACAAACGUCUCUUCUGUAACUUCAUAGCUGGGAUCGCCAUUGCUCUUCCUCUCUAUUGCUUCUCAUUCGUUCUUCUCCAGAUUCAUCGCUAAAACCCGGAUUAAAGACGUGUUGUUCUUUCUGUUUCUUCGUCAGGAUCUCAUCAAAGCAAAGCAAAAUAAGAUAAAGACAAGUUAGAUUUGUGGAUCAUUCUCUUGUGCAUAUUCAGCUUCGUUCAACAAAGCCUAGACCUGAUCUCAGAAACCAAGUCUGCUUUGCUCUAGUGCCAUACCAUAUGGAUGCAACAACUGUUUUCAGUUCAAAUUUCCCCCCCUUUUAUAUAGAUUUCUUUAUAUUUUGUUCUGUAAGCAUUACGCAAAAUCUUUGUGGUUCGUCCAUAAAUGUAUAGUGAUUUUAAAGUUAAACAAACUGUCCAAAAAAAAAGAAGGGUGAUAGUUGCUGCUUC